ACCACGAACAUCACAAUGCACAGUACCUUCCUGUCCACAUAAAGUUCGUUUACCCCCCACUCAGAUCUCUUCAAGCUCGUUCAAGAAAGAUCUGAAAGGGAACAAUGAAGUCAUUGUCCGCUGGGACGUUCUUCUUGGCAAUGGUCAAGUCGGCAUGGGUGACGGGCCCUGGCAUGGGUGCCUGCAUACGGUGGUUCGACGAAACGGCCGCAAUAUCUGUUGAGGGGGAAGGUUGUGCGUGGUCAGCGAGGAGUCAGAUUCGAGGGAUUGGCAGUUUUCUCCGGUUCCGUUGUCAAGCACGACAGCUUUUUGACAGGUGCAGAUGUGGUGGCGCCGCGACUGGAGAUGAAGGACAGCCGCGUGAUAUAUAAAGCCCAAGCCAAUUCCACGAUCAUCAUCUCAGAACUCUGAAGUUGUCUCGUCGU